AUCAUGGCCAAGUUGAAUGAGUUAUGAAUUGAUUGAUUGUGAGCCGCAAAGCAAUGUGUGUCUAGAAGAACCAUUGACUCACCUCAAACGAAUCACAUCACACUGUCAUAUUCAUCAAUAGUAAAUAAACAUUGAAGUUCAUUCCUUUUAUUUGAAAAUUUUGUAUGUGACUCUCUCAAAUGUGACGAUUCUGACUUCUGAUAAAUGUAUGGUUUCCACAAGCGACUACAAUGAGUUUCACAAAGCGGUCAAAAAACAUAUUCUUGCCAACGUUUUGGGAGCCGCUGCACAGGCUCUGGGAAGUAAUGUAGACUCCGUUUAUGUGGAGGAGCUUGGGGUUACAUUAUCAAGAGAGGACUUACAUAGGAUUCUAGUGCUCGAUAUGAUGGAGGGAGCCAUUGAGGUGGAUUGGCGAGAUUUCUUUCCAUACUUGAGAUGGAUUCCUAAUAGGAGCGUGGAGAAGAAAUUUUGGAAUUUGUACUUCCGGAGAGAAGUUGUCAUGAGGGCCUUGAUGAAUGAGCACAAGAAGAGAGUGGAUUCAGGAAAGGUACUGAAUUGUUUUUUUGACUACCUAGUAUCCAAAGCUAAAGAACUGAGUGAAAAUGAAAUUUCCAUGCUACUCUGGGAGACAAUUGUUGAGACAUCUGAUACUACAUUGGUGACAACAGAAUGGGCUAUGUAUGAACUUGCUAAAGACAAAACUCGUCAGCUAAUGGGAGGAGUUCAUUGAUUGUCUAAAGAGAAAUUCAUUGCUGAGGCACUUCAGAGGAGUGUCUUAGAUUAAUUGUCAUAGGUUUUUUUGAGAGUAUAUCGGAUCCUUAAGAAGGUUUUUCCUCAUUAAUAAUUUGUGUGUCCUCAUUAAUCUUCAAUUUGCAGAAAAAGUAGCUGCUUCUCUCGGGGAGUCUAAAAAUUCAGAGGCGUAGUAAGGUAUAUGUAUACAUUAAAAGAUCCACCGCAAAUUGAGUUCUAGUUGUCAUAUUUCCAACACCUGACGUUUUUUGAGAUUUGGGGAGUGGAACACACUCGUGUUAUUGAAAACAGGGCCCACAUCGAUACGUAAGUUAGGUUUUGAAAUAUUUAUAUAGCUGGAAUUACGAUUAAGAUUGUUGAUUAUGAGGUGAGGUGAGUGGACUGAUGUACUAAUUGCUCUUCUUGGCUUGACUAACAUAA